AUGGGAGCCCAGUCAGCGUGCGGAGCCACCUACGGCAUCGUCCCCUUCGUCUCCCGCCGGGCACUGGGCCUCAUUUCGGGCCUCACAGGUGCCGGUGGCAACUUUGGUGGCGGGCUGACCCAGCUUCUGUUCUUCUCGUCCGCCAGCUCAACGACUGCCGACGGGCUGUCGUACAUGGGGAUUAUGACUGUGGCGUGCACGCUGCCGGUGGUGCUCAUCCACUUCCCGCAGUGGGGGAGCAUGUUUUUGCCAGCUGGGGAGUGUACGAAGGAGAAUUACUAUGAGGCCGAGUGGAGUGAGGAAGAGAAGGAAAGGGUGCUGCACCAAGGGAGCCUUAAGUUCGCUGAGAACAGUAGGGUCGAGAGGGGUAAGGGGUGUUAG